CGCAUGACGUCAUGACGCAUCAGCAGCGGGCGCUGGGCAGUAAACAGGCAGCAUCGGUGUCGAGAGGAAAAGGGCUACGAUGGUCCUCAUCAAGGAGUACCGUGUGGUUUUACCCUGUAGUGUUGAGGAGUAUCAAGUGGGACAGCUGUUCUCGGUGGCUGAAGCAAGUAAAAAUGAGACGGGCGGCGGUGAGGGCAUCGAGGUACUCAAGAACGAGCCCUACGAAAAGGACGGCGAGAAAGGACAGUACACACAUAAAAUCUACCACAUAAAGAGUAAAGUCCCAGCAUUUGUCAAGAUGAUGGCCCCUACAGGCUCCCUUGUAUUCCAUGAAAAAGCCUGGAAUGCCUACCCUUACUGCAGAACCAUCGUGACGAAUGAGUAUAUGAAAGACAAUUUCUUCAUUAAGAUUGAGACGUGGCACAAACCAGACCUUGGAACACAAGAAAAUGUGCACAAACUAGACAGCUCCACGUGGGACACUGUAAAUGUUGUGCCCAUUGACAUUGCAGACAGAAGUCAAGUGUCCAACGCUGACUACAAGCCAGACGAGGACCCCGCCACGUUCAAAUCGGCGAAGACCGGCCGAGGACCCCUCGGUCCCACCUGGAAGAAAGAGCUGGUUAGUAACACUGACUGCCCGCGGAUGUGUGCCUACAAACUGGUCACAGUCAAGUUCAAGUGGUGGGGCCUGCAGACCAAAGUGGAGAGCUUCAUCCAUGAGCAAGAGAAGAGGAUCUUCAAUAACUUCCACCGCCAGCUCUUCUGUUGGAUUGAUAGGUGGGUGGAGCUGAGCAUGGAUGACAUCCGGCGCAUGGAGGCAGAGACACAGAGGGAGCUGGACGAGAUGCGUGAGAAGGGCUCUGUGCGAGGCACAAAGGCUGCAGAUGAGUAGCCAGGCCAGGUGUGUAGGUCUGAGUGUGUAAGUUCUCGCUGCUUCGCAGACGGGGAGAAGUACGAGGAACCAGUGCUGCAGACGAAUGAAAAAGACAAAGGAUUUUUUUUUUUUUUUUUUUAAACUCCCACCAUGACCGCAGCGGUGGAGACUGCUACGAGGGCUCCUUUGGUGCCACUUCUUUUUUUUUUUUUUUUACCAGAACUGAUUCACAGGGGGGGACGGGGGGGGGACGGGACUCUGCUACCUGCAAUCAAUAGAGCAGAUCCCUGACUCGCACCCAAUCAUAGAGUUUCAAUACACCGAGGAAUUGAUUUCUAGAAACCAACCCGAUCCCAGCUGAUAAGACUCUUAAGGUUAUUUUGAUCUCCUGGGCAGAGAGACGCCAGCUAUCAGCAUCAUGUUCUUCACAAUGAGCAAGAUACCAAGAGGAGUUCCUACACUAGAGUUCUCAUUGGCUGAUUCCACAGUGGCAGGCAGGUGUUGGACCAAACGUUUCCUCCUGUCAUAUUUAGAUUUUCCUUCUUUUUUUUUUUCUUUUUUUUUUGUUUGCCUCCAAAACAUUCCUCUGAAGAUGAUGCCCUGUCUGACUUCUCUUUGUCUCCUCCUCGGUCUUUACCGUACACGCUGUGGCUCAGUGGAUUGCAUUCCCCGGCAUGAGUCUGUCUGUUUGUCAUACUCAUGUUGCUUCCUGCCACAGCCUCCAUUAAGAGAUUACUAACACCCUUGGCGCCUUGGCCCAUUGUAAUCCCCUCCUCCCCCUCCCCCGCCAAUCCUCCACCCAAAGCACUGCAUCUUUUUAACACUGACAAUCAUGCCCGUGCAGGUAUUCACUCUCCCUCUCACACAGAUUUUAAUAGAAACCCCCCACACACACAUUCAUAUGACGCAUAUACGUCGAGGAUAAACGUGAAUUCAUUCUCGCACAUACACACACUCACACAGGUGUGGAUGCCUUUGUGGUGACUGAGCUCUUAAAAGCUCAAGCUGGGCAGAUCUGUGCGAGCUUGUUCAGCUAAGAGAUGUUACUUUGGAAGUGUUUACAGCUCCCACUGGUUUUCUUUUUUUGUUCUCACACACACACACACACACACACACACACACACACACACACUCCCUAUUCUGAAGACAUUGACACAUAAUCUACAACGCAGCAUUCACCUCCCUAGCAGAUGUCCCCAGAGGAAAG